AUGGUAUGUGACAGUUGGAUCAAGUACAGGAGUGAUAAGAUGGGUAGAAGCAGAGAGGCAGAAGCAGCGUAAGAGACAGAGUUAGAAACAGAGAGGCAGACCACUGGAAUCUGAUGAACAGGAAGCCAACAGAGGAGGAGAAGAUUGCUUUGAAACUUACAACUUUGGAAACCAUUCCAAGAGCUUUUACAACUGAUGAGUUCAUCAUGCCACACCGAACGAGGUCUUGAAUUCUUUGUCAUGUUUUUUUCAUCUAGCACCAGUUUUAGAACUCCACCAUAUUAUACUUGAACCGAAUCGAUAACGAAAGGAAAUCGAUAACAAAAUUGAAGCGAACAUGAAAUACUAACCCAUUUUAUUAGGGACGUGUUAGAACUAAGACAGUUAAAAGAUCAUCCAAGGUUUUAAUCGAAAGAUUUUACCCCAAAUUGACUUUGGAUUUCGAAACCAACAAGAGAUUGACUUCAGAGAUUGCAGUCAUCCAAUCCAAGAGAUUGAGAAACAAGAUUGCUGGUUACACCACCCACUUGAUGAAGAGAAUCCAAAAGGGACCAGUUAGAGGUAUCUCAUUCAAAUUGCAAGAAGAAGAAAGAGAAAGAAAAGAUCAAUACGUUCCAGAAGUCUCUGCUUUGGACUUGUCACACACCAACGGUCAAUUGGAAGUUGAUGCUGAAACUGCCGAUUUGGUCAAGACCUUGGGUUUCAAGAUUCCUUUGCAAACCGUCAACAUCUCAUCACAAAGAGGCCCAAGACGUUUUGCUAAGAGAAACUAA